AUGAUCUUGUACGACGAGCCGAAGCACAACAAGACCUCCCGCCGGGUCGUCAUUGAGAAUGUGGUCGCCCACGAGAUCGUGCACCAGCGCGAGCCGGCCCGCUACUACGACAUCCGCGGCAUGUUCAGCAUGCUGACGUACGAGAAGGCGGCCUACGGCAUCUACACGAUGUACCGCACGAUGGGCGAGGAGCGGAUGCGCAACAUGCUGCAGGUGGCCGCCUUGCGCCAAUCCCCCGAACUCACCGAAGAACUCCGCCGCAUGCCGAAGUGGGACUCGGCGAUGGAGGCGUACAAGGUGGACCGGCAGUGGCGCCACAACUAUGCGCUGGACAUCCUCGCCAAGUUCGCCAAGCUGCCGCAAAUCGAGCCCAAGGAUAAC